AUGGAGCAAUUGGAAGCCAAUAGCAAAGCGGGUGCAAACCGUGAAGGACUACCGACAACACUCAUAGUGGCCCGAGGAUCGGGUCUAGGGCUUGAAGCCGUCCCGACAUCGACAUCGGCAGCGGCGGAGGAGGAGCGUAGGCGGGCGAGGGCCCUGUCGCGGCGACAGAGGAGAAUCUUGAAGUCCUUGAGCGAGAUCCUUGGGGCCGGCGGCGACCAUCGACGGGACACGCCGGACGCUUUGUGGAGGCUGCCUUUGUACAUAGUAAAAUGGCUCCUCAUAAAAGCAAGACAGUUGAGAAAACAUGGCAUCCUGGUUUUCCAGCAUGGCAUCCACGAAAGACUUCGAGCUCGAAGGCCCUUCAAAAAAACCGACAUUUUUAUCCUCGACGGCUCCACAUUUUCCCUUCCCCUCGACAUUUUUGUCAAUUUCCAAAAAUGCCCCUCUGUUCUCUUGUCCGUCCGCUUCUUGGCCCGAGAAGGGUUCCUCGAGAAAAAAAUCACCCCAACUAAAGCCCGAAUAACUUUCGCACUCUUUCGCGGUAUUGUUUUCGGUUUUUGUGUAGUUCGAAGCCUCGGUGAUAAAAUUCACAGCUUGAAGUUGGGAGUAGAGAUCGAUCGGAGGUGA